UCUUUUUAUUUUUUCACUUAAAAUUUUAAAAUUUAAUUUAAUAAUAAUCAUCACUAAAUCGAUGAUAAAAGAUUAUUUUCCCAAAUGUCUGAUCCUUUAACAUCCAAUGACUCGAAAAAUGAUGAAAUUGAAUCUUCUGAUAACAAUAUAUUAGUACAACUUUCCAAUAAAACGCUUGCAUUAUUGAAUCAAAAUAAAGACGAUAAAAAUGAUUCAUCUACUAAAAAUGAAUCGGAUAAUGAAGAAGAUGAACAAUCUUAUUGGCAACAAUCUAUAUUAUCAAAUAUCUUCAAUACGAAAGGAAAUUCUAAGAGUCAACCUCGCCGUCGUCGUAAUACUGACCCGAACAAACAACAAAGACGUCGAAAAUCCAAACCAUUAGAAAAUGCGCCAGGACCUUCAGAUGAUCAAUUAUCUGCUCCAUACAUUGAAGAACAUCAUCCAGAACAACCUUAUUUUACAAGACAAAGACGUCAAUCAGAACCUCCUGACUCGGAUUUAAUUAGUGAAGAAGCUGGACCAUCUAAUCAAAUAAAACAACAACUCGAAGAAGAAAAAGAAGAAGUAAAAGAUACGAAAACCCUAUUUCGCAGUCGUGUUCGGAAAGCACUUGCUAUGUCAAAAAUUAAUAAAAUGAUCAGUUCAUCUGAUAGAAAACAUUUAAGGGAUACUGGUAAUUUAGGGGUUCUUACAUUUCCAAGUCCGAUUAUUGUACCUUAUUUAUGGGCUCGAAGAGAUAAUAAAGGUCAUAAAGCGCCAUUUAUCUUAUUUGAUGCUUUGAAGCUUGCAAUUACAGACUCACAAAAAGAUGAAAAUAAUUAUAAUGUACAAACCAUAUUUAGAAUUGAAUUAGAAUAUGGAGAUGUUAAAUGGGUUAUUAAAAGAACAGGAUUUGAUUUUGUUUUACUUUAUUUCAGUUUAAAACAAAGGAAUGACUUGCCUUUUAUACCAAAGAUACCAAGUGGUCUUUAUAGAUGGUUUAAAUCGUUUUUUCACUCACCUCAAGUACGACAUGAACUUCACCAAGCCGCAGCUCUUGAAAGAAGGAAUCAGUUGGAGGAUUAUCUAAUUAAAUUAAUUAGAACAUUAAAUAUGCAUGUUUCUUACGAGCUCAAUGAAUUCUUGGAGAUUGGUGCUAUUUCUAUAACAAGAGACAUGGGAUGGAAGGGAAAAGAAGGUUAUUAUGCGAAUAAAGUUGAUAGAUUCUAUACGCCUAUGUGUUCUUUUAGGAGUUCGAAAUGGAUAACCGAAUGGGUAGUCGUUCGUGAUUCAUAUAUAGCAUUUAAUUCACAUAUGAGUUCGUUAACACCAUCAGAUGUUUUCCUUCUUGACAAACAUUUUAAAUGCAAUAAACUUACUUUGCAAGGAACACUCGAUCGUGUAAUAAAAUUAAAACUUCAUGACCACGUUAGUAUAGAAAAUAGUUCCCGAAGGAUUGAACUUAAAGGCGAUUCACGUAAAUUGAAUGAACUUUUGGAAAGCAUUGAAAGAAUUACGCAAUCAUCUCCCUGGAUUAAACAACAUCGAUAUGACUCUUAUGCACCUAUUAGAGAGAAUGUAAAAGUUAAAUGGUAUGUAGAUGGUAAAGAUUAUUUCUUUGCUGUAUCUGAAGCCAUUUUAGCAGCUAAAUCUGAAAUUUAUAUCGAAGAUUGGUGGUUAUCACCAGAAUUGUAUUUUCGUCGUCCUCCAUCAGAAAAUGAGGAGUUUCGAUUAGAUAGACUGCUUAAAAGAAAAGCUGAAGAAGGUGUGAUGAUUUAUAUUGUUGUUUACAAGGAAGUUAAAUAUUCUUUAACUCUGGAUUCAUAUCAUACAAAGAAAUCAUUACAGGAACUUCAUGAAAAUAUUAAAGUUCAAAGACAUCCAGAUCAUGGACCUGAGGGUACAAUGUUUUGGGCUCAUCAUGAGAAAAUAGUAGUUGUUGAUUGUCGUAUUGCAUUUAUCGGGGGAUUAGAUUUAUGCUUUGGCCGUUAUGAUACACACAAUCAUGAAUUAGCUGAUUGGUGUCCGGAUAAUUUUAAACAACCCACAAUAUGGCCAGGUCAGGACUAUUCUAAUCCGAGGAUAAAAGAUUUUCAGAAUGUUGUUGAUUAUGAAACCUCGAUGGUUGAUAAAUCACAAGCUCCUCGUAUGCCAUGGCAUGAUGUUUCAAUAGGAAUGGUUGGACCACCAGCGAGAGAUGUGGCAAGACAUUUUGUCCAAAGAUGGAAUUUUAUUAAAGAUGAGAAAGCUUAUGAUAAAGAUAAAUUUCCGUUUUUAACUCCAAAAGGAGAAUACGUUAGUACACGUGAUGAAAGUAAAUUCAGAGGAACAUGUGAUGUACAAUUAUUAAGGAGCAGUGCAUAUUGGAGUAGUGGAAUCGAACGUGAGAGCUCCAUAUAUAAUGCAUAUUGUCAUUUGAUUAGAACUUCGAAACAUUUUAUUUACAUUGAGAAUCAAUUUUUUAUUACAACUACAGAAAAUGAAGAAAAUGAUCCAAAAUACGUUAUCAAGAAUAGGAUAGGCGAGUGUAUUGUUGAAAGAAUUAAAAAGGCACAUGAAAAUAAUGAAAAAUUCCGAAUUAUUGUAAUUAUGCCUUUAUUACCAUCAUUUGAGUCUGAUUUAAAUUCAAGCGAUGCUGGAACAAUUCGCAUGGUGAUGCAUUGGCAAUAUAUGUCAAUAUGUCGUGGCGGAAAAGGAAUUUUAGAAAAAUUAAGUGAGGCAGGAAUUAAUUCAGAGAAAUAUAUUACCUUUUACUCAUUACGUGGAUAUGAUAAAGUACAUCAUGUUAAUAAUAAGGGUGAAAAUAAAUCACUUCGAUCAAAGAAGUCAUUAUUGUCUUUAAAAGCAAGGAGAGAAAAACAAAAUCAAGAAAGGUCAUCAGAAGAUAAUUCAACACAUUUAAAUGAACCAACUUCUAGUAAAUCAUUGGAUAAAAAUCAAAAUAUAACUGAAUCAAAGCAACCAGAAGUACCAUUUGAUAACGAAAGUAAAAGUGAAAAUGAUAAAGAAUCACGUUUUUCAAAAGUUUCAUUUUCCGAUGAAAAAGUAGGAGAGCCAGUUGUUCUUAAGCAUUUUACGGAAGAAAUUUAUAUACAUAGUAAAUUAAUGAUUGUUGAUGAUCGUUAUGUUAUUAUUGGUUCAGCUAAUUUAAAUGACAGGUCUCAACUUGGAAAUCGUGACUCGGAGAUUGCGAUUGUUAUUAAAGAUAAUAAGAAAGUUGAUGCACGUAUGAAUGGAAAGCCGUAUCAGGCAUCCAAAUUUGCAUAUACAUUGCGGAGCUCUUUAUUUAAAGAGCAUCUUGGAUUACUUGAAAUACAAGAUCAUUCUUCAAUUACAAAAAGUUGUUUACCACCAAUAAAACCAGAUAUAUUAUAUGACUUAACAGUUGGGGAAGAAAAGCCAUUCACAUCAAUAUUAGAUGACCCUGCUUCAUUUUAUCCUCCCAAGAAACCUAAGCAUCCUACAAAAGAAGAUUUAGUUGUUAUGGACCCACUUUCGGAGGAAUUUUAUGAUUAUUGGCAAUCUGUCGCACAUAAUAAUACUGAAACUUAUCGUUCUGUGUUUAGAUGUGUACCUGAUGAUAAUGUUAUUAAUUGGGAUCAAUAUAAGGAAUUUGUUCCUGAUCCUGCAAAAGUACCAACAGGCCAUGUAGCAAAUUCUGAAGCAACAAAAGAAGAAAUAGAAGAAAAAUUAAAAAAUAUUCGUGGACAUCUAGUAGUAUUCCCUACACAAUUUUUAAGUCAAGAAAAUUUAUUUGGAAGUAUAAUUUCAAAUGCUGUUACUCCUUUUGAAAUAUUUACAUAAUAUAACCUAGCUAUUUUGUAUUGAUUUUUUUGUAUUUAUAUUGUUGUAUUUAUA